GGAGCUGAGACAUCCGGGGGCAGCUAUAAAUAUGAGAAGGCCUUAUAUCCCCUCCCGCCAUCUGCCUCUACUCCCCUCUCCUCAGAUUUUACCCUGGGAGGCAGCACGAUGAUCGUUUACCAGGACAGGCUUCCCGGCAACGAGCUCCUGUCGGAUUCAUUCUUGUACAGGGAGUUGGAGAACGGCGUGCUCUGGGAAGUAGAUGGACAAUGGGUCGUUCAAGGUGCAGUUGAUGUGGACAUUGGUGCCAAUCCCUGUAAUGAGGGUGGUGAUCAUGAGGGUGGUGAUCAGGAGGGUGUCGAUGAAGAGGCCGUGAAGGUGAUUGACAUUGUUGACACCUUCCGUCUUCAGGAGCUACCAGCUUUUGAGAGGAAGGAGUUUUGCACUUACAUGAAGCGCUACAUCAAGAACCUCAGUGCCAAGCUUGAAGAUGAGGAACAAGAAUGUUUCAAGAACAACAUUGAGUCUGCCACAAAGUUUCUUUUUAGCAAGCUCGCGGAUUUUCAGUUCUUUGUGGGCGAGAGCAUGCAUGAUGAUGGCAGCCUGGUGUUCGCCUACUACAAGGACGGAGCUGCUGACCCAACUUUCCUCUACUUCGCACAUGGGCUGAAAAAGAUCAACUGCUAAUUACGCUGUAUGCUAAAAUAUAUAUGCAGUCGUCAGUACUAUUGCUCUUGUCUAUGGUUGCCAGCCUACUCUCCAAUGUUCGUGCCGAAACUAUCACAAGUUUAGUGUAUUAAUUGUGAAGUCGCUGUGAUGAUAAUUUUGGGAGCUAUAUUUGGUAGCUGCAUGAAAUAAAAUGGAUAAUUCAAUUA